AUGCAUUUGUUUAAGACUGAAUCUUUGGAUGGUUUGCUAUCUACUUGCUUUAAAUACGUUUAGACAUUAUAAUUAACCUUCGAAUGUCUGCGAAACAACUCAACAGACUAUCGGCCAAAGCCGAGAAGGAAUCCGCCCUCCAGAAAGCGAAACUUAAGAAAGUAUUAUACCUGCUGUCUGUGUGAAGUUUAGGCUCUCGAAAUGAAAAACGUUGACGGAGCCCGAAUCUACGCUGAAAACGCCAUCAGGAAGCACAAAGAAAGCAUAAAUUAUUUGGCAAUGGAGUCCAAACUGGAUGCAGUCCAGGCUCGCGUACAGACGGCGCAGGCCAGUAAACAAGUAUGUUUCCCAACUGUACCACAAUCUUAG